CAGUUCCCGCCGGGGUCGGCCUCGCCGGAGUCGGCGAAGCCUCGGGGGCUGGGCCCGCGGGCGGCGCCCUCGCUGCCACCAUGGCCCGAAAUGCGGAAAAGGCCAUGACGGCCUUGGCCAGAUUUCGCCAAGCUCAACUGGAAGAGGGAAAAGUGAAGGAAAGAAGACCCUUCCUUGCCUCAGAAUGUACUGAGCUGCCCAAAGCUGAGAAGUGGAGGCGACAAAUCAUUGGAGAGAUUUCUAAAAAAGUGGCUCAGAUUCAGAAUGCUGGUUUAGGGGAAUUCCGAAUUCGGGACCUGAAUGAUGAGAUUAACAAGCUGCUACGGGAGAAGGGACACUGGGAAGUCCGGAUAAAGGAGCUGGGUGGUCCUGACUAUGGAAAAGUUGGCCCUAAGAUGCUGGAUCAUGAAGGAAAAGAAGUCCCCGGGAAUCGAGGGUACAAGUACUUCGGAGCGGCCAAAGAUUUGCCCGGUGUCAGAGAGCUGUUUGAGAAAGAACCCCUUCCCCCUCCAAGGAAGACACGCGCGGAGCUCAUGAAAGCGAUCGAUUUUGAAUACUACGGUUACCUCGAUGAAGACGACGGUGUCAUCGUGCCUUUGGAACAGGAAUAUGAGAAGAAAUUCAGGGCCGGCUUGGUGGAAAAGUGGAAAGCAGAGAGAGAGGCCCGGCUGGCCAGAGGAGAAAAGGAGGAGGAGGAGGAAGAGGAGGAAGAGAUCAACAUCUAUGCUGUCGCCGAGGAGGAGUCGGACGAGGAAAGCAGCCAGGAGAAGGGGGGUGAGGACGGGCAGCAGAAGUUCAUCGCCCACGUGCCGGUGCCCUCGCAGCAAGAGAUCGAGGAGGCGCUGGUGCGCAGGAAGAAGAUGGAGCUGCUCCAGAGGUACGCCAGCGAGACCCUGCAGGCCCAGAGCGAGGACGCCCGGAGGCUGCUGGGCUACUAGCCCCCCCUCGUCCUGGACCGAGUCCUGGGCUCCCUCUCGCACCUUCUCCGACCCCCGGCCCCGCCAGGUGGGGCGCGGUUGGCUGUCGCAGGAAGCCGCUUACUCUCACCCUGAGCGAGUGCAGCGGGCUGCUCGCUGGCCGCCGCGGGCCUGUGCCGGGGACAGAGGUCAUUUGUGACCGUUGGCAAGACGCAGGUUUCCGGAAAAGACCUCCCGCGCCCCGCUCUUGAAAGCGAGAGCACGUGGCGGCUCGGCGCCGUCGCCAGGGUUCUCCUGGCCUUCGUCACUCCUGCCUCCUGCCGCUUUCAUUAAAGACUUUCAUACGAAAGGG